AUGGAGAACAUAACAGGGUUUGUGAACUCCUCUUUCUUUGUCAAUGACGGCCUUGCAAAAGCCAUUCUGUCUAUGACCCCCUGCUUCCUCUUCCUGUAUGUCAAUAUAGUCAUGUUGAUCACACUGAGGUCUAAAGAGCUCUUCUGUGAGACGCCGCGCUACAUACUGUUCAGUAGCCUCCUCUUCUCCGACUCUGUACAGCUGGCCUUCACCAUUGUGUUCUACAUCCUGUACCACAGUACCUUUGCUGUGGAGAGUGUACACAUCGUAGGCUACGGCUGCUUUCUGAUCUACCUUGUCUCUCGGGUCAUUAACAUCAUCUCGCCGCUGUACCUGGGCCUCAUGUCCCUGGAGCGCUAUGUGGCCAUCUGCUUCCCUCUGAGACACGCACAGAUAGUGGACAAGAGGAGGACCACUGCGUCCGUAGGUGUUGUCUGGAUAUUGAGCUUAAUAUUCUGGACUGCUGAGCUGACCACAAGCCUGAUGUUCGAGGUGCGCACUCAGACCCGGCAGAGGACCUGCUCAGAUUUCAUUGUUUUCCAAAUGCAGAUUUCUUUCAGCAUCAACACGGCCUUCACCGCCACUGUGUUCGCCCUGGUGAGUGUUGUGAUCAUCUACACAUAUGUUGCUGUCGUCAUGGUGGCCAUGUCCACAAGCUCUGACAAGACAAGUGUGAGUAAGGCUCAUCGGACGAUCCUCCUGCACAUGGUGCAGUUCGGCCUGUACCUCUUAUCCAUCCUGUUUGGAGUGAUCCGCAGGACCCUGGCCAUGAGUAGGCUGGACCCGGAGGUUAUUGGUCAUCUGAAUUAUGUGUUGUUCUUAGGUUUGAACAUCCUGCCCAGGUGCCUCAGUCCUCUGAUCUAUGGUGUGAGAGACAAGACGUUCAGCGCCUUCUUUAAAUGCUAUUUCCUUUUCUGCAUCAAAAGUAAAGUGCAACCAUCAGGGUUACAUGCAGCUAUUCCGACAUGCCGCUACUUAGACAUUGGCGUCUAA